CUCGUUUCAAUUACGCGUGCGCUCUGUUACUUCCGAUUGAAUUGAGAAAUUUUUAAAAACAUCGGUUAAUUGAACAAAUAAGUUAUGGCGACAAUUCUAGGCAUUGACCACAAAAUUAUAGCUGCGUCUACUCUAGGGCUUACUGCUGGCGCAGCUGCGAUUUCAGCAUAUCUUUGUUACCGUCAGAGUGCGUCUAGAAAAAAACAGAACAUUUAUGAAACUGAAAAAUCACUCAGUGAAUAUUUAGUCUUUCAUUAUGCCGCUCCCAAAGAAAUCCUGAAGUAUGAACAUGGUCCAUGGAGUUCAGUAGAUUUCCCAAGAAGAUGUGCUGAGCUUUGCAUGGAAUAUUUUGAAGCAAAGGAAGGUGUCCCAAAUACAGCUUUAGACAUAGGAUGUGCAGUAGGAAGGUCAUCAUUUGAGUUGGCGAGAUCAUUCAACCGUGUCAUAGGAUCAGAUUACAGUCAGUCUUUCAUCGAUGCUUGUAAUCAUCUUAAACAAGGAGGAAAGCUCGAGUAUAAGAUGCUGGAAGAAGGGGAGCUUUAUACAAACCAUGUUGCCAGUGUACCUUCAGGUAUUGAAACUGAUAGACUGACAUUCCAACAAGGUGAUGCAUGCCGUCUUCCACUAGAUAUUGGCCAUUUUGGUUGUGUCCUUGCUGCGAAUCUUAUUUGCCGUCUUCACACUCCAGUUGACUUCCUAAAUAGAUUAUCGAGCCUGGUUUCCCCUGGUGGUAUAGCAGUGAUCACAUCACCUUAUACCUUCCUUGAGGAGUACACACCUCGGCGGCAUUGGAUAGGAAGCUACACAGAUGCAAACGGAAAGCGAGUAACAGGGUUUGAUGGACUUAAGCGCCACCUUGGAAAAGAUUUUGAUCUGAUAGGGGAGAAAGAUAUGCCAUUCUUUAUACGUGAGACUGCAAGGAAAAACCAGUGGACUGUGGCCCAUGCAACUGUAUGGCGGAGAAAAGUAGAUUAAAUGUUAUAUAUUUGAACCUGUCAUAAUUAGUGAAGCCAAACACAUAGGCUAAAGUCCCCUUAUAGUAUGCUGGUUCUUAUGAACUGGUUUAUGCAAAUGUCGUAGCAAGUUCUAUCAUUGAAAACAUCAAUAUCUUCUUUGUAUGAUCAUUUCUUUAUAUAUUCUGUACAUGUCAUGGUUGUACAUUUCAACUAAUAAUUGGCCCUUCUUGUAAAUUCAAAAUUCUUGUAUCAUAUGAAAUCACAAUAUACUGUCUUCUAUAUCAUCAAUGACAAGAGAAUCUGCAUUUCAAAUAAUUAACAGAGAAAGGAUAAAUCUGAAAGCAGUAUCUGUUAUCCCGUGUCAUAUUUUGUUCGGUAAAAUUAAAGGCAUUAUUUCGAUGGAAGAACAUAUUUAACUAUACAAUGAGUAGAAAGACACUUU